AUGAUCAGGAGAACGGCCGCCGCCACCGCCAUCAUCGAGGCCAACUGCUCGCGCGCCGUGCGAGCGGCGCUGCCGGCGCGCAGCAGGCCGACGUGGAGGAACUACGAGAUCGGCGAGUGGGUCUACUCCUGGACGCCCGAGCAGACGCAGGGGCUGGAGAAGUGCCACUGGCACGGCCCAGCUCUGGCGGUGGCAGUGGAGGCGAAGGUCAACGAGGACAACGUGAUGCACGCCUCGGCCCGCGAACGAGAAGAACGCAGCGAGGACCCCGACAGCCCGCUCAGCACGAUCGAGAAGCUCAGGCGGGUGCUCAGGCGGACGAGGGGGACCUGCAACUACCAGGACCUCGCCGAGGAGGGGCGCAUGGCUCGGUACGACGACACCCUGGACGACAUGGGCGAGCAGCAUCAGCCCAGCGCCCAGGCACCCAUGGAGACGGACGAGACCGACGGACCGACAGGAGCAGCUGCCGCGGCAGCUCCUGGAGAUCCUCAGCCGGCGACGCCCGGCGAAGAUGAGGGCGACGGACCAGCAGCGGCCGGUGCCGGCGCGUCUGGCAGCGCUGCGCAGGAGCCUAGCAGGUGCCACAUCGAGGCGAUGCCUAAGAGGAGCGUCGAGGAGGCUGAGAAGCUGGACGGCAUCCCGCUGCCCAAGCGCGCCCACCUGUCGUGGGCGAAGCUCGCCCCACAGAGCGAGGAGGCUUCGCUAGCCGAUGAGGUGGACGACGAGAUGCUGCUGCUGGAAGAACCCACCGAGACGGUCUGCAUGCUGGCCUUCAUGAGGAAAGCCCCCACCAUCGUGGAGGGUAGGCUGACGCCCGAGGAGAAGGACCAGUUUUACUCGGCGAAGCUGGAGGCCCUCGAGGUUUGCAAUCGCAGCGACGGCUGGAAGUCCAUCAACGAGGUGGCCAACGCGCGCGUACUCUACCAAGGGCUCAAGCACCGCGACAUCACCGAUGGCCAGCUCGACAAGGAGGCGCCGACCUUCAGCAGGCUUGGCCGACACACGGUCAUGCUCUGGGCGUCUCCGAGGAAGUGGAGGUUGUUUAGCGCGGAUGUGAAGUCCGCAUUCCUGCGCGCUGAGGACGCGAGCGUACACGGCCUCAAGCUCUACGCGGACCCGACGAAGCUCUGGCACCACCGCUCCGACGAAGUCACGAAGGAGAUCGGGUUCAGGAACCACGAGCCCGAAGAUUGCCUGCCGUUGUCCCUGCGCCCGGCGAGGGUCGAGGACGACCCGUUCGACGCGCGCAGAUUCGAGGGCCAGACCUACGCGGUGGACGGCCUGAUCGGCAAGCACGUGGACAACUUCAUCGGAUGCGGCGAGGGCGUGACGAACGAACAGGCGCGGCUAGGGGCGCUCGACGAGAGGUUCACGUCCGGCAAGUGGGAGUUCGGGCCGAGUCUGAUCUUCACCGGAGGCGAAAUGGAGCAGUCCCUGAACACCUACAGCGUGACCCUCAAGUUCGAGAAGUACCUGCACGCGGUGAAACCCAUCACCGUCGAGUACAUGCACCGCGAGUGCGCCGUCGCCGAGGGAGCUUACGACCUUCAGGACCUACUGGAUGCGGACAAGGAUCUGCGCUUUCUGAAAGCCAACGCGGAGGUAGGGCUGUACUUCGGGUUCGAAAAGGCCUGGAGCAACCUGCGAGUUGGCAGCUACACCGACGCGUGCUGGGCGAGCCGACUUGACGGCAGUUCGCAAGGAGGCUACGAGAUCUUCAUCGGACCCACGGACGAGCUCAACGCCAACACCCCGACGCCUUUCGUGGCCAUGGAGUGGGUCUCGAAGAAGUUGCAGCGUCUGUGCAGGAGCUCGCUGUCGGCGGAGGCCCAGACAGCAGCUUUGGGCGUGGACUCACACUCAGAUGUGGAUGACAGUCUACCCGGCGUGGAGCUUGCGACCCGACCUGGAGCUCGAAGAAGCGAUGGUGCACCUGGGAGAGCCGCCGCUCACCACGGGCGCGACGCGUCGCGCUCAGCGGCGGCAGGCCUGGACAUCGCGGAGAAGAGGACGGCCAUCGAGGUGAAGAUC